AACGGCCCUCCCACGCCGCGCAUCAUCAUCGUCCCGGCUUCACCCCCCACCACCUCCUCUCCCACCACUGCCGAUUCCGAUGAGGAGGAACGCUUCUCGCCCAUGUCCAUUAGUCCGACGAGUCCGAGGACGACCAACCCCAAACCCCUCCCCCUCCCUCCCCAGACCACCCCCAGCCUGCAAUCGAAAUCCAAACUAGCCCCCCUCCUCGCCCACCUGCGCACAAAACUCCACCCCCUCGUAAGCAGCACAACCGGCCAGUCCCACCCCUCCUUCCCGCAGACCCUGCUGGCCUUCCACUGCCUCACCCACGCCCAGCUGGACAGUCUGGCGCGGCACUUCCACCAGGUUUAUCCGGCGGUACCGGCCACCGAGUACUACCCGAUCACGGUGCCGCCGUGGGUUGGGACGGAGGGGGCGGCGGAGGUGGAUUUGGAGGUCAAGCGGCGCAGGUUUGGGAGGUUUAUUGGGUUGAGGGGGUGUGAGUCGCCCACUUUGGAAUCUUCUGGUCAGGAGGGGAGGAAUGCGUGGACGCCGGAGGAGAUGCUGGCGCGCAUGGCGAAGGAGUGGGAUGCAGCCAUGGAGCGGGCGAAAUGGGAUUCCAACUUUGCGUUGCGGUGGAAGAUGGGGGGGUAGUUAUAGUUCUUUGUCUUUAUCUUUUGAGGUGGUUUCAUUGGAGGUGAGGGUAUGUUUGAUGUAUGGAUGGAUCUAUUGAGAUUAACUGUCUAGAUAUCUCGG